AUGGUCCAGGCCUUUUCACGCCAUGUCGAACCGUCCUAUAUAUGUUCAGCAUGUCGCCAAAUUGCAACACAGCCUCUACAUCGCCCUCGGCAUAUAGCACCUUUGCUCAGUCUACGUCUACGAAGAGAUUUCUCCUAUUUGAGUGCCCGAAACUUACAAAAGCAUGGCGCAACCGAACCGCCGACUGAAGAGGAUGCUGGGUCAUCUGGAAGUCAAUCACAGCGGCGAAAAUUAGCCCGAUCACCAGCUGCCAACUCAUCGCUACGCCGAGUUGCAGUCGAGGCACAACGUACGAGGAGUGGUAUUCUGUCAAAGACGCAGCUUUUGGAACAAGGGCUAGGUGAACUCAAGACGGUCACUGCAUACGCGGUAGCUGAGCAGUUCAAUAUAACGAAAGUCAGAGAUAUAUUACAAGAAAAAGGCUACGAACCAGAUCCCUUCGAUACUGGGCUUUACCCUCAAGUCGUCCAUAUACAGGUCCCUAUCGACUCGGUACGGCGCAUGACAAACCCGGAGGCUACCAAUCUGGGAUCUGACGAAACUGGCGAUGUUUUUGUGUUUCCGUCAGGAACUGUUGUCGCGUGGUCACUCCCAGAUGGGUUCACUUCAUAUUUAGCUUCCAGGACACUUCUCCCCGCAGCCGAGAAUCCACAUACAGAUAACCUCGAGACGGAAAACAUGGACUUCAUCGAGAAUCCGCAACGAGAAAGCAGCUCCAUCAAGGGCGAUACUAUCAUACUUGGCACCAAAACUAGUGACUGCUCACAGCCAAGCUCUCCCAAUCGCCAGUCUGUUGAUACCGUGCUGACAAAGAUUGCAUUUUCGUCUGGAUUGGCACGCAGCACGAAGCUUGCCGUGUUGGAAAGUCUACUCUCUGACUAUUUCGAAUCGACGCGGAACAUUCCAACCCUGCUUUCACAAGGGUCACGACUACCUUAUACAAGAGAUUUCAUUCUCCGAAAGACGGGACAAUUACUCAGCGUUCGAGCACAGUUGAACCUUUACUCUGAACUGACCGAUUCCUUACCCGACAUCUUUUGGGACAGUCGACAUGAGCUCGGCCUCGAAGGUUAUUAUGAGGAAGUGGGUAGAGCAUUGGAUGUCGGAAUUCGCAUAAAGGUCUUGAAUGAGAGAAUGGACUACGCACAAGACAUUGCGAAUGUGCUGCGGGAGAGGCUCAGUGAAACUCACGGUCUGCGCCUUGAAUGGAUCAUCAUUCUUUUGAUCGCGGUGGAAGUAGGAUUUGAAGUUCUCAGGCUCUGGAAAGAACGCGAGAUCGAAAGCAAGGAGAAAAGAGAAGCGACGAACUGA